AAGAGCAAAGAUUCCCGCACCUAGCUGAUAGGGCGUAUAUGUGCCACCUGCGCUAAGGUGGACAGUUGCCCUCGAGGUAUCGCGCUGCUUAAACGUGGAAGAAGCGUCUUAAGAAACGUGCCCGGUUUGGCCGAUAAAAGUGGUGAUAUUUUUUUCGGCAUUUUUCUUCUCGAAAAGUGCCACAGUGAAUAAUUAAUUGGGUCUGAAAGCAAGAAGAAAAAUUGUUAAUUACGGUCAUCCGGUGUAAUAUAAAAACCGAAAAUGUGACGGAUCGGAUGAUAUCAGUGUGCAGUUGAAAAAAUAUACAACGUGGGGAGGAUUCACCUCCGACUGCGAAACAGAAGCCUAGCUCGUGGAGCAAACAUAUUAAAAUUUAUGAAUAAACCGGCAAACUUAUUCGUUGGUGAAUAAAUAAAACCAAUCUUCUACUGAAACGCACCGGUAUCGCACGGAAGCGAUAGCACCUUCAUUGAUGGCGUGCUUCGCGAAAUUUUUCUCCAGGAAACAUGGUUCAUUUAACCUGCCAGACGUUGGUGCGGCCGACGGUGGAAUUGUGCCUGUACGAUUGAGCACACGAAUUUAUGACCAAGAGUUCAACCCCUCCCGAUAUGUAUCGACAACGAAAUCGACUGGCAAAUUGUCGCCAAAGGGAACGGAACGUGAGUCUGGGCUGGGUAGUCUGGACGAACGAUUAAAUGUUUCCAACGGUGUCGCCUGGGACACCAGGCCGGCACAAGCUCCCCAAACACAGCAGGUACGAAAAACACCAGUCGCAACUGUUGAUGAUCGAAUCAGCGCCAGCUCACAGGAAAACGAUCGAAACAGCAGCUACGAACAGUUGAAAGAGAUUCAACAGACCAAAAUACUCCUCCAACUAGCACUGGAAUCGAAGCUGAGGGAGCAACCAAACACAGUGGACAGGUCACAACUGGUUAAACUCGACAAGGAAAUUAGCGAGCUUCAGAAUGAACUCAAUCGUCAGAAAAUUUUACCAGUCACAGAGAAGAUUAUCUUGAAGGAAACUGCACCGGCAGCGAUGGAAGCACCCGUCCCCAAAAUCCACACUACAACAAUCCAAACGAAUCUCCCAUCUCCGAAGCCUGCCCUUCGGAAGCAAGUUACCAAGUCACCCAAGACCAAACUUGCAUCGGAAGCAUCGGAAACCUCGGAUGACUAUGACACCAUCCCGUUGUCGAAGUUUGCAACCGAAUCCGUCCCAGAAGUAUUCAGUUCAGAGGAGGAUGAACCCGUACCGCCUCAGUUACCACCUCGACAGAAUCACGAAGAUGAACAAGGAGACACCUCUCAGGACGAAGAACCUACACCUCCCCAGCUGCCAUCACCGAGAACACCUCCCGAGUUACACGAUAUGAUCAGCCGGACUGAUCACGCUCAAUUGAAGAUGACCGAAGUUGCAUCUUCGGUGAUCAAUCUAGCACCAACAACUGCACCACCAACCCGAAUCCCUCCACCAACCCCCGUUGAAGAUGAGCCCACCCAAUCGGAAUCACGGAAAUCUACGCCCCCUCCAAAAAUCGAAGAACUAAACAACAGUAGAACAGGCAUUCUGAAGAAAGCCCGUAAAGAGGGCGUUUUAUCGGACAGACCAGAAGGCAAAAGCUCCCGGGAAAUUGUGAUCCCAAACCACCCGAAAGCACGAGACGCUGAAGUGCUGAUCAAGAAAGCAAUCUCGGCAAACGAGUUUCUGAACAAUCUGAUGGACGAGGAACGACUGAAGGCCGUCACCGAUGCAAUGUGUUCGAUGACGUUUCCACCCAACAGCUACAUCAUCAAGGAGGGUGACAUCGGUGCGCACUUCUUCGUAUCGGCCACCGGAACGUACGAGGUGGUCGUCGACAACAAGGUCAUUAAAUCGUUCGGCAAGGGGGUCGUCUUCGGGGAGCUGGCUAUCCUGUAUAAGGCGAAACGGUUCGCGUCGAUUCGGGUGACGACCGAGGCGAAAGUUUGGAUGCUGGAGCGGAAGGUGUUCCAGAAGAUUAUGAUGAAGAGUGGCCGGAAGGAGCGGGAGGAGAACGUAAAGUUUCUGAGCACGGUGUCCAUUUUGAAGGAUCUGGAAAUCGAUAAGUUGCUUAAGAUUUCUGAUUUGUUGAAACGGGAGUUCUACGCAACUGGGUCUACGAUUAUACAGCAAGGUGACCCCGGCGACAAAUUCUAUAUCAUUCGGGGUGGCAGCGUGAGUGUGAUCAAAACGGAUCGCAAUGUUGUUGACAGACUGGUGGGGACACUUCAGCGAGGUGCAUAUUUUGGAGAGCAGGCUCUGUUGCAUGAAGAUCGUCGGAUGGCUAGUAUUAUUGCCAAUCCACCGGGGACCGAGUGUUUGACGUUGAAUCGAAUUGCCUUCAACGAGUUCCUUGGAGGUUUGGAGAAAUUACGCGAAAUAAAACUGUUCGAUGAUAUGCCUCGAACUUCCGACAAUCGAAAAACAAUUUCCGAGUACGCCCACAUCCAGCUGCACGACCUGACCUACAUCGGAACGCUCGGAAUCGGUGGUUUCGGACGCGUCGAGCUGGUACAGUACCGCGACAGGCAAACGUUUGCCCUCAAAUAUCUCAAGAAAAUCGAAAUGGUUCGACAGCAGCAGCAGGAGCACGCUUACAGCGAGAAGGACAUCAUGCUGAGCUGCAACAGUUCGUUUAUUGUGAGACUGUACAAAACGUAUCGCGACAAAAAAUACCUCUACUUCCUGAUGGAGGCCUGCCUCGGGGGCGAUGUGUGGACCAUCUUGCAGAAGAGCAAAUAUUUCGACGAACGGACGGCACGUUUCAUGACCGGCUGCGUGGUGGAAGCGUUCGAGUAUCUACACAGCCGCAACAUGAUCUACCGGGAUUUGAAGCCGGAGAAUCUAAUGCUGGACGAAAAGGGUUACAUAAAGCUGGUUGACUUUGGCUUCGCCAAACGGAUCGGAGCGAAUCAGAAAACGUGGACCUUUGCCGGGACACCGGAGUACGUUUCGCCGGAAAUCAUUCUCAACAAGGGGCACGACCGAGCCGUCGACUAUUGGGCCUUGGGGGUGUUCAUCCAUGAGCUGCUGGUCGGAAAACCGCCCUUCCGGGGUAAAAACCACAUGAAAACAUACAAUGCCAUUCUGCGGGGAAUCGAUAUUAUUGAGCUGCCGUCGAGAAUUCCGAAAAAGGCGCAGGUGCUGAUUAAGCGACUGUGCCGACAAACCCCAGCCGAGCGGCUCGGUUACGGCAAAAAUGGAAUUGCUGAUAUUAAAAACCACCCCUGGUUCGCUGGCUUCGAAUGGCAGCGGCUUAAGGAUCGCACCCUACCCGCUCCCCUGGUGCGACCGAUACUGUCGGACACCGAUCUGUCCAAUUUCGAUGAGUACCCGAAGGAUCAGGACGAACCCCCAGAUGAGACAUCCGGGUGGGACAUUAAUUUUUAAUUCCACUUAAAUCGAUACAGACUAAUUGAAAUUAAUAAAUAACCUCGUGCGAGUGUGCUUAAUCCA